AUGUCCAACGUAGCGGCAGCGUCACCCGGUGCAAAGCGGAAAAGGAUAAGAAAAGGUACGACCAGCUGUUGGGAAUGCAAAAGACGGAAAGUCAAAUGUGAAUACGAAGAGGACAAGGACGGACCUCCAUGCAAGCCAUGCACCCAGCGAGGACUCAAAUGCGUCAGUCAAGAAUUGCCAGAGCCUCGUCCGUACUUGAGCUAUGGCAAUGGAGCUCCAGCUACCGGUGGUUCCCGACAGAUCAAUGAACAGACGCCGUUAGAUCUGGAAUCUGCAACAUCUCACCAUGCAUCCCAUGUCCAUAAUGCUCUCAGUUUGAAGGCGUCAGACGGACUGUCUCGUAGUUUGCUGGAUGCAAUGCCUUCACGCGAUGACCUUGUCAAGAUCUUGGAUGCGAGCAACAAUCCUUCGCUCCUGGCUCACGAGAUCAAUACUAUACCAUACAACUCCCUACGCCAGCAGCGAGCUACGACCCGGGAUACUUUGCUCGCCAUCCCCACCAGCGACACUCAUCCUGUGUUGAUCGCCAAACACAUUCUACUGGUGGCUUCUUUCAUACAACAACUUCACCCGAACUUCAUCAUAAGUAUCGCUGGGCUGUCAGUGUCUCCUUUAGCUAUCAUGCAUCGGUUGGUGGGCGUUGCUGGUAGCUUGGUAACAACGAACGAUGAGUUGCUCGGCACCAUUGAAAGCAUCGAGUGUCUGAUGAUAGAAGGUCUCUUCCAAAUGAACACUGGCAACCUGCGGAGAGCAUGGAUCACCGUUCGAAGAGCUCUCAACAUCGCUCAAUUGAUGAAACUCGGUCGGAGGAGUGCCCAAAUCAGGCACAAAGUCCUGAGCAGCCAGACAAGAUACGAUCCGCAACACAUGUGGCUCAAGAUUGUGUUCCUCGACCGAUAUCUCUGUCUCAUGCUGGGACUACCUCAAGGCUGCACGGACCGCAGCAUGGUCUCCGAUGCAAUCCUCGCAAACGAUACACCAAUGGGCCGGCUCGAGCGGAUACACUGCGUUGUUGCUAGCGAGAUACUGGAACGUAACGAGAUUGGCCCUGGUUCUGAAGAUAUGGCAAUCACCCAAGCACUGGACAAGCAGCUGCAAAAAGCAGCGAAGGAUCUCCCGAGCAAGUGGUGGUUGACGCCAAACCGGGAAGCUACAGUAUCGGAUCCCGAGACCUCUUUCUGGAAUGUACGACAGCUGUUCGCCCAGAUACUCCACUACGAUCUGCUCAAUCAGCUUCACCUUCCCUACAUGCUUUGUUCACGUUCGUCUAUGAACAGCCGCGAAUACUCUCGCAUCACAUGCGCCAAUGCUUCUCGAGAGAUGCUUGCUCGUUGGAUUGCUCUGCGAAAUUCGAAAACCGUGGCCUGUAGCUGCCGAUCUGUCGAUUUCGUAGCACUCAUGGCAGCUAUGACUUUGGUGUUGGCGCACUUGGACGGACGGCGGUCUGAAACUAACACACUUGCUCACCAGUACCAAAGCGAUCGUGCCAUGAUCGAGCAAGUGCAGGAGUGUAUGGAAGAGCUAGAUCGAUCGAACUCAGACGCCCUGAGCGCAAAGAGUGCAGAUCUGCUUCAUGGGCUCCUGGCGAUCGAUGAUGAGGGUGCGGAUGGCGAGACUGACGAUCCGAGAGUCGAAGUUGAAGGGAUGAACACAACGUCAGGAGACUAUAUCGGCGCUUCUGGGGUCAAUGUCCACAUCCCUUAUUUCGGCACCAUCAAAAUCGCUCGAGCUCAAUAUCCCUCAGCGACUCACGCAUCCGAAGAGUCUGUAUCAGUGUCAAGCAGACUCGAUGCUCCGAACCAGUCACAGCCAGCGAUGCUCCAGACACCUGACAGCUAUGCGAGCCAAGAGACCGGCGCCCACGAGUCACACAUUGGCUUACUUGAGCCAUUUCUGGGACCUGACGUACUUCCAAGCCUUGCUGCAGGGUUGGAUGAUUGGACUUUCCAGGGAGUAGAUCAAGCUUUCUUCGAGAGCUUGAUGAGCAACGGGAAUGGACACGGCGAUACUAUAGACUGGGGCUUUCCCCAAACAUAA